AAAACAAAGGAAGGAAAGAGAGAUAGAUAGAUAGAGAAAGAGAGAGAAAACCUCAGCUCCAAUCACCCUCUUGACUGUGACUUUUCUUUUGAUCUCUCUCUCUCUCUAAUUCACUUCCUUCUCUAUAUCUCUCUCUCACUUCAUUUUCUCAUCCAAUCUCUUUCCCACAUUCACACCACAUUUAGGCCACAUCCCACAUCCCAAAUCUAUCAAAGAAAAAACCUCUCUGCUUUGGGCUGACAAUCACCUGAAUUCUGGUACGAAGACUGCAUUUUUGGGCUCCUUUCACAGCACUGUGGGAGGGUUUUGCUUGGAAUGGGGAGGCAUUCUUGCUGUUACAAGCAGAAGCUGAGGAAAGGCCUGUGGUCGCCCGAGGAAGAUGAGAAGCUUCUCAGGCAUAUUACUAAAUAUGGCCAUGGCUGUUGGAGCUCUGUGCCUAAACAAGCAGGUCUGCAGAGGUGCGGGAAGAGCUGCCGAUUGAGGUGGAUUAACUACUUAAGGCCUGAUCUGAAACGAGGCACGUUUUCACAGCACGAAGAGAAUCUGAUAAUCGAACUCCAUGCGGUGUUAGGCAACAGGUGGUCUCAGAUUGCCGCACAGUUGCCUGGAAGAACUGAUAACGAAAUCAAGAACCUUUGGAAUUCAUGCAUUAAGAAGAAGCUGAGGCAGCAGGGCAUCGACCCAAAUACACACAAGCCACUGUCUGAAAUUGAGAAUGGAGAAGAUAAAGCAGCAACUGCCAACAGCGAGAAAACACCAGGACCGAAUGAACUGAAACUCCUCACGUCAGGUUCAAUGGUUGAGAGCUUGAAACCCGACGGGCUGGAGACAAAACCACCAUUGAUUGUAGCAGACCGAUACACUGUCGACUGUUCGAGUUCCAAGAUUAGUGGUAACAGAAACAAUUCAGUGACUCCCACCAAGGAUUUCUUCCUAGACAGGUUUGUAGCAAGCCAUGAAAGCUCUACUAGCUGCAGGCCGUCGGAUUCGCUAGGCUAUUUCCCUCUUCAUCAGUUGAAUUAUGGUUCCAAUUCCACUAAUCAGAUGGCUAAUGCUGGCAUGUUGGUGAACCCAAAUCCAGCUCUAUGGUUCAACCAGACCAGCAGGCCAUUCGAAAUGAAUUCCGAGUUCAAUUCAAACACGAUUUCUUCUCUUAUACCAUCCUUCUCAAGCUCAAUCCUUCCAACCCAUAUGGGCUUCAAGCCCAUCGUCAAUCUCCCAAAUGAAAAUCCUUCAGGUGGUUCUGUCAAUAUCAAUGGAUAUUGGGAAACUGGAACCUGCAGUAACAGCAGCAGCGGUAGUGGAAGUAGUAGCAGCAUCGAGCUACAAAGCAACGGAUCUUUAUUCGAAAACAGCAUCUUCUCUUGGGGAUUAGCAGCAGAUUGCCGACUGGAAUCAUCAGACAUAACUUCAGACAAAGAAGCUCAAAUCCAACUUGAAGGAGAGCCUGAAGACGUUAAAUGGUCGGAAUAUCUCCAUCCACCCAACUCAAUGGCAUCAGCAUUUCAAAACCAAAGCCAACAGCCUUUGUAUAAUGAGAUUAAAUCAGAAAGCCAAUACACAAUCAACAGUCUGAGUACUUGGGCCCAGACCCAACAGCAAUCGUUACAGGCUUCCGAUAUCUACAGCAAGGAUUUCCACAGAAUCGCCGCAGCAUUCGAACAAAUGUAGCUCAGAAAAAAUUGCUCUAAAAAAAUUUCAUUUCAGAAGAGGCAGGAGCGCGAUUGCAGAGAAUUUUCGUUUUGGGAGAGGCUUGAAUAAAGGAGAUUACUUCUAAUUACAGGUGUGUGUUCCAUAGAUUUGAUUUUUAUCUGAUUGUAAAUAGGUCUGAAAUUUCAAAAUAAUGCUUGUUUCAGUGUAUUUCCCUUCUUCUUUUCUGUUUUUUUUUUCCCUUUCAUUGCUUGCAUUCAAAGAGUGUAAUUCUAGCUGUAAACAAUCCAAUUCUCUACUUU